AAAAGCUCAAAUAAGUCGGAAGCUUUGUAGCUAGAAAGAAAAGGAAAAUAAAAGCCAGAGAGAGAGAGAGAGAGAGAGUUGAUUUGAGGGCGUUCAGCACAGAAUUUCGGGGCUAGCUAUUCUUUAUCAUUAAUUAAUUUAUGAAUCAGGCUGUUGUUUUUGUGGAAUACCUAUUCUGUACCUUGAGGAAGACACACAUGAUUCUUCAAUUCUUGAAAGACUUCUGCUUUACACUUCUUGUCUAUUCAAUGUUGAUAGCAUUCCUGGUAGAUGCUUGGUUAGAAGAGGAGCUUGAUUCUCUCCAGAUUGGAGUCCAAAGACAUGGGCAGGGGAAUCAGGAAGCAAUACUUGGGGGCUGCACAAGACUUAGCGCAAAGGUGGAAGAAAGAUAGGCUUCAACCCUGGAGAAUUCGGCAACCAUGGAUCAACCUGCUCGCCUUCUGGUAUGUCUAGGGAUGCAAUUGAUCCAAGGGUCAACUGGGAGCCAGGACUACCUUACCAUCUUCCGGGUAUCAGCUGCCUUCAGUUUAGAGGAAGAUAGCUAUAUAGAUUCUUUUUCAAUGGAGAGAAUAAAUUAUGUGAGUGAAGAAUUCCAAAUGAUAUGCAGGGAACAGAAAGUUUAUUUGGCACUUUCUUGAAUUUAUGAAAUGAAAUUUUCAAUGGCUUCAUAGCAGAAGAAGUUUGGUAAAUGGAGAAGCAAGAUACUGUAUAUGGAUGAUCUUGACAAAGAUACGGCAGGUGGAGUAAUUAAGAUGCAUUGAGAUUGCUUCAUGGUACUUAUAAGGCUAGAGAGACUACCAUGUUAGACCCUAUUCUUACACAUAGUUCAAGUCACCAUUCUAUGGGGUCCAACUGCCUUUGGGUCAGAGAGAAAGGGUUCAGCACAACCCGCUUCAAAUGGGUCGAGCUUCCAGUGAUGAGAAAGGUCUGGUUGAACGUGAUAACUCGCAUGAGAUUGAAUCAGACUUCUCUUACAAGGAGGUGUGACGAGAAAGCAUCACUAGAGAGAAUUUUAUUGAAUGACUCUGGAAUGCUAUAAUCAUCUUCGGACUUCAAUGUUAUGGAAUGAUAAUAAGUUUGGCUGGGGUUACUGGAAAGGAUUAACAUGAGAAGCUCCUCAGAAACAUUGUUAGAUUGAUGGAAAAAGUUGGAGCAGAUGCUCUGCACAUUCAUGGUUUUGGAGGUUUGAAGAUCCUGUCAGUGAGUAGCAACAGAUGUGGAUAGUAUAACAAAAGAGGCAAGAAUGUUUACUUCGGAGCAAGACUUCAAGGAAGAUUUACACUGACUCUUAAAUCAGGAAGUAAUGGUUCUCAGGGAAUCUCAACCAAUCUGGUCUUUGAAAUUUUGGAGCUUGUGGUUUAUUUUGGCUUUGGUUUCUGGGGAAAUUAAGCAUCGCAAGGACCAGGGUUUAUGGAAAGUUUGUGGAAUUUAAUGGUCUUCGUCCCAAACGGUUCAGUAUUCCUCUUAUGGGAUAGCAUUAAGGACAGAUGUUGAUAUGAUUUUCGUAGAACAAGUAUCUGCAGUAAGAACAGAUGGUGACUCCAAUGAUGACCAUAAUUCGUACUGUGAGGACUUGAAAUCUUAACCAUGAUUUGUUUCUUGUGUGGCUGAAUUGGUAGGUAACUUAUAAAGUGAUUCAUGCCAGAUUGUGCUUUGGUGACUCUUUCUACUUGUGGUUUGGAAUAAACCAAUUGAUAGAGAUAAAGAAUGUCCGUGAUUUUUUUCUUACAUAAAUGUAUUCAGUAAUACCGAUGAUAUAGUGAACGGUGAGCAUCUCUGAUGUACUUUUGCCAGCAUAACCAGUAGUACAAAGCUAGUGGUUCCAAGAACUCUCAAGAGUUCAUUUGUUUAUGAAGUUAUAUCCUUGAGAUAUAGGAGAUGUUAUGGCUAGGAGAAAAGGACCAGCCAGUGGAGUUAAUCAACAAUUCUCAGCAUGUUGUGGUAUGUGGUUUUGCUUAGCCAAUUGAUUCAUGAGUUAAUCAACAAUUCUCAGCAUGUUAAAACUUUGUGUGGAAAUGCAUGCAUACACAUGCAGCCGCUUUGGUUGGAGAAAGGAUAGUUACUGUUGGGAUUUUCUAGGUGCAGUAUGUGGGACUGGUGGUUAGCAUGUUGCUCAGGUGAGUUAGAGGGAUUCUCUAAGAUGAACCGAGAAUGUGCAGUAUUAGUUUCAGUAAGGCAUGUUUUUUUAAUCUUCAUGGUCAUCAAAAUAUCUCCCGACAAUUUCUUGCUGCUGAAGGGCUCAAAUUUCUAAGACCUGAAGAGCCAAACUCCCUUGGUAGGAUAACAGUUCGUUGUUUACAUUUUUCUUUUUUCUUCUUUUGCCACUGCUUUUGCAAACCCCAGCAAGGUCACCUCGCUCAAAAUGAGUGCACAGAGUGAUUGAGCAAGAAAGACAAUUUAGCUUUCUGGACUAAUUUUUUUUAUCACCCCGUCAGAAAAUUUAGGAUUUCUUGGAACUCAGUGAAUGAAUUGUGGGAGUCUAUGAGAUGGCCUUCUAAGGCAUCACAGCUAUGGGGGCCUAGACUAAGGUCCUGCUCUAGUGCCAAUUUGCAAUGAGUAAUUGAUUUUACCAGCGAUCUAGGCAGUAGUCAUUACAUGACAAGCAACCCUUGAUGAUACCUCUACUUAGGCAAAACAAAAUUGAUGACUUACUGCAAUCAUGUGGCCUGUAUGAUAUAUCAUGCAAAUCAUAUAUGCUUGCUUUUAUGGCCAUAGAAUAGUUUUAGUAUUUGCUGCUGUGGAAAUAUAUUUUUUUCCCCUGCAAGAUGCAUUUGUUAUAUCAAAUGGUUUCAAAUGGUUUUAGUGGAUGUUGUAACUUUAUAUGUGCCACCAUGGCAACCCAGUGUCUAUUUUCUAAUUACCAAAUACUAUUUCUGUCUAUAUGUGUGGGGCUCAAGAAAAGACACUGAUAGUAAGCAUCUUCAUCACACUCUGGUUUUUUUUUUUCUCUAAUUUUUUUUUUUAUAAAAAAAAUCUAAACCAGCAACUCCAAAUUCCACUCAUUGACCCAAGCCCAAAAUUAUCACCGCAGAUGUUCAAAAUAGGAAACUCAAAUAAGAAAAUCUAUUGGGAUUAUUAUUGGAUCUGACCGUAUCUGCUACUCUUCUCCAAAUUAGUAAACUAAAUACAGAAAAGUGGUUCGUAUAUUUUUCUUAGCCAUCUGACUUGGCUAAGAAAGUUAUGAGCUGGCUACAAUUAAUAUCUCAAAUAGACAUAAAUGGUAUUUUCUUAUACAAAUGUGAAAGUAGAACUAUUACUAGUAUGAACAGCAAGGACAACUAAUUUCGUUAAAUGCAUGAUACAACGAAUGCGUGCAGUAAUGUAAUUAUUUUUAGAAGCACUUUAUCUAAAUUAUGUGAUUUAUUUAUUUAUUUAUUUUAUGGUCUGGUGAUAUUUUAAAUGAGGGUUGCCUGCAAAAUCUACUCAUUCCAGAAUUACAUGUUAAUUCAUUUUAGCAAAAGCUAAGUGCAUGAUACAGUGAAUUAGUUUUGCUUAUGCAAUUGUUACAUCAACAGAAUUAUUGAUUGAGGCAAGCUCUUUUUCGAUUAUUUGAUUUUCUUUACUUCUCUUUAAUUUAUGGUUUAGUGACUUUGUAACUCUGUUCCUACUAUAUGCAAUCGUUUUUGAAAGCAGAAUUGCAUGUUACAAUGUGUCUGUUUGAGUAAAUAAUUGACCAAAAAACAAUGACAAUGAAACCCUUUUGCAUUAUAUAUUUAUCAAAAAAAAAUGACAAUGAAACCCUUUUGUAUUAUAUAUUUAUCAGCCACAUGGUCCUUACAUUUAAUAAUCUGCAAUGUGGUUGGUGAGUUUAUGGUCAAAUCAAAUGAAAUCGUGUCUAUUAACGGUCAUGGAUAACGAGAAACGAAUAACAGAAAACGGUUACUCCUUUUCUGCAUCAGUUGUGAUCCUUGCUCAGUUUUGAAAGUUUUUCCACAUGGAAGAUCAUGCUAAAAUGUUCUUUAUUUUAUACAUUCACUUUAAAUAUCUUUAAUGUUAUUCUGUCAUUAUAAAGUGUAUGUCGACCAAUAAUUUGUAUUGUGAUUACUCCCUUUAUAAUCUCUAUUUUUUUUUAAUGUUUUUCCCCAUUACAAAAUCAAGCCUGAAACUCUUUCUUUCCACCUCUUCCUCAAAAAAUAAACAAGUAAAACUCUUUCUCACCCUCCUGUUUGGCUCUCUUUUGUUAAUGAAAGCAAGAAUGGAGAGAACGAGCAAACAAGGAAAGAAGAGGGAGAUAACUCAGGAAGAUAUAAAAUUCCUGAGCCAGCGCCAUGUGUCACUCUUCGUUCAAUUGCAUGCUUCUCACUGUCACCUCUACAGCUCACCAGUACCUUCCAAACUCUACAUAUGCCCACACUCUCCCCUUAUAAACUCUCUUUUUGUAUACCUAUUUUCUCACCCACUCAUUUCUACACUCCUUGGAAUUCUAUUACCAGGCUUCUUUAGUUUUAGGGAACCUCUGUCUCUAAAUCAUAAGUGCACAAUUCAUUUAUGUAUGUAACUUUUCCCAAUAUUUAUAUGCUAUUGUUUUCUUGAUUCUGCUAAAAAUUGUAUUGUUGUCAUGUUUUCAUCCUCUGCUGCCAAUUUUUUUUAAGUAGAAUGUUGAGGCAAUAAAUAGUUUGCUCAAAAAGAAAAGAAAAAAAAAAGAUUUUGUAGUGCUUGAGUUAUGACUGUGCUCGCUUUUAGUAGCAAUUUCUUUUAAAGAGCAUAUACUAAAGGUGGAAGCCAAUUUCUAGUCCAUGGGAUUAAAAAUGUUUGAGUUCUUAAAUGCAAACCUAAUGGCCAGAUCUGCCCUUUCUAACAUAAUUGUUACUUUACCAGUAUCAAUACUGAUUAGGAGGUAUUGAUGUUUGAAUUCUGUUUUCUUUUGUUUGAUGUGAUUGUAGUCGUUUAAUGUAUGGGAAUAAUGCAGAACUUCCUUGGAGCUUUGCUCUGAUUUAGUUGCUCUGCCAAGCCUUGUAAGAAGACAUAUUCAAGGAUGUCUCCAACAGCUGGAAAAGGUAAGAUGAUUGACAGUUUUGGGGGCUUGAACCGCAAAAGGAAAAGUCGUCCAUGUGGAAGAAGCGAAUCAAACACUUACGGGGUUGUUUCUUUAGCUUCAUGUUCAUGGGAUGCAAAUGAGAGCACCACUUCCAUUUUGCCACCACGCCCAAUAGGAGAUGAUGGGAAUUACUAUGAGUGUGUGAUCUGCGAUAAUGGUGGUGAAUUGCUUUGCUGUGACUUCUGUCCAUGCACUUAUCACCUUCAGUGCCUUAAUCCACCGCUUGAAUGUACCCCCCCUGGAAGUUGGCAAUGUCCAAACUGCUGUAACGAGGCUGAUCCUGCGACUCAAUUGCUAUGUAUUGAAAGUUCCAAAGAAAAUGUCUCAUCUAACAAUGCAAAGCAGGCCUUCUCUCAUAAUUUGUUAUCUUCAGACAUAAAGAAGAAACUAGAGUUGUCAUCAGAUCUGCCUGCACCUGUAGAGUCAGGAUCUCUUGCCCAUGAGAAUCUUCCUGCUGGUUCAUUGCAAUCAUUAUAUGAUUUAGCUGAGGCUGGGGAUCUAAUGGAAAGAACAUCCAAGAAAUAUGCUCCUACUAAAGAACAGCUGAAUGCUCUCAAUCAUGAUGGUGAUGAAAAAGGAACAGAAACUUGUACUAGAGCAAAUGAAAUAAGAGAAGGAGCGGAUACUGAUCCAAGCAAAUCAACAUGGUUUUGUGAUUCUUCUGAAAUGGUGAAAGGAGAUCGUGCAGAUAAACCUGUUAUCAAUACUUCAAGUUUGCUUGAUGGCUCAGGCAUUCAAUUUUGGUCAGGUGAAAAGGCUGACAGGCUUUCUGAAAGUGAAGAUCUUAAUGCAGUAAGUCCCCGCAACAAAAAACCAAUAGAAGAGCAAGGGGAAAUGAUGGCAUGCCUAGGCCAAGCAACAAAUAAUGAUAUUUGUCCAGCAAGUGAUAAUGUGAAUCAGUGUGACAAGCUGUUGGUUCUGAGGGAUGUCAUGCUGGAAACAACAACGGGUCAUUACAAGUCCAAGCGGAAUAUUGGAGGGAGGGAAUUACAGCAGGCAUGGCUGCCUGAAUAUACAGAAGCUGGAAAAGCUCUGAAAGAAAAGGAUGCCAAGCUUCGUGCAAGACAGAAACAAAAGCUUGCUCUGAGGAACAAUAGUACCAUUCUCAGUCCAGCAACCAUUGAACAAGUGCCAGAUGCUUGGUCGGACAUGGAGCUUGAUUCCCUUUGGGUGGGAGUCCGAAGACAUGGGCAGGGAAACUGGGAAGCAAUGCUCAGGGACCCAUUGCUUUUUUUCAAGGGUAAAACUGUAGAACAUUUAACACAAAGGUGGAUGAAAGAGAGACUUCAAAUCUUCAACCUUGAAAAAUAUGGAAAUCCACAGGUCGACAGGCAUCAGGUAGCUGGAACUACCUCACUAUCAUCCAAGGAUCAACUCUCUUCAGGGGAGGUGAAGAUAGAUGAACCAACGCUUCUUCUUGGGGGGAUUAUUUCGGAUUUCCAUUGCAAUCAGGGACUUGAAUCAAAUUCAGCCGAAGUAUUCAACCACAAACAAACAGCCUUUACGAAAAUAGGCAAAGGCUACAUGCAAAGAGACAAAGAUACCUUCAACUGAAAAACAAAUUGUCGAGUCAAUUUCCCUUUCCAUCGCAAAUAAUGUUUGAUGGUUGGAAGUCAGGAAUCAGGACAGAGAAAUUGGGUUGCUGGGACAAAAAAAAGGCAUCAUACGCCCAGUUUUUAUCUUUUUAUUUUUGGUAAAUAUCAGACAGACAGUUGGCUGAAAGUUGCAUCUGAAGAAAGAGAGUAGUCAAUAGGAUGUUACCUAGGGAAGGUAUUCGGGAUUUUCGUCAGGGUGAGCUGCUGCUUUGAUUUACCUAAAAUUUUAAACAUUUUUUGUUUGCAAAUCUUGUAUACUUAGAUCAUUGAAAUUAUAAGUUUGUGAAAAUAUUUUGGAACAUAAUUUGUGUUACAACAAGGUCCUCAAUAUUAAGUGGAAGAGAGUUCGGUUUUUGGGUUUCUACUA